AUGUCAAAUUUUCAUGCACCAAUCAUGCGUUCUCUUACCAAUAGGCAGCCUGUGCAUUCAGCUUCUUAUACGAUACUCCCUGAACCUUUCCAAUCGGUGGUAGUAAUUAGUUCUACGCAGCACCAACAAGCUCAGCAACGAGUCAGUCAGAUAGACCAAGAAGUUCGAAGUGCAGGAGAGGUUUAUUCAACUUCUACAUUAAACACUUCCAAAGUUAAAAUUUGCUUGAUUGAGGAUGGUCUAUCAGAGGAAGAAAAACAACGUUAUCCCACAAUAAUGGGAGAGUUGACACCAUACUAUGCGAAAAUAAAUCGACUUGUACCCUUUUACUAUUUGAUCUCAAAAAAUAGUGAUAAAGCCGCGCGUGACAUGUUGACGAUGGCUUCAACACCUCCAUUACCUCCAUUAUCUGCUGGCGUAUCAACACUGGCUAAAUUUCUCUCGCUAGUGGAAAAUUAUGAUCCUCUAGAAGAUACGCCAAAUCGAGCGGUGCAAAUGGAUUCACAUAAAUUUACGCGUCUUGCUCACUGUCUUGUCGCAUACAACAACACUAUACAUGUUUGGCGGAGAACCUUCCUGGGAAGCGUAGCGCCAACUAACUGGUUUCAUUCCGUAAAACUUCCUAUCUUAGAUACGAAUGCCAUUGAAUGGAUCCCAAUGAACACUGAUAAUUCGAUUUCCUUAUUGGGUGGGGUUCAUUAUGAUGCCAACUCUGGAAAUCCUGGAUUUCAAACUUACAACUUCAAACGGAUAUACGGAAAAACAUUCUCGCCUCAUAAUUCUUCAACUGGUGUUUAUCAAUUAAAUAUGACUGGAACCUUGGAAACCACUGUUAUAUCAACAAAUAGCGCAGGUCUUGUAGUAUCAAAAGAGUAUCAAAAGGAAACGCGUGAUGAUAACACUGACAAUUAUGAACAGCAAGUGCAAGUGGUCGAACUGGAUUUGGAAACAAUGAAGAUUGGAGGACUCGUCAAUACAACGCCGCUUUCUAAAUCUACAUGUAACAGAAUACAUAGUGCUGCUAUUCAGAUGUUGUCGUGGUAA